UAACCGAAAAAAAAAAACCUAAGCAAAAAAAGGAAGCAGCUUUAUCAUCUGUAAUCGCCCAUAAGAUAUAAUUUGGAUUUCGGAUUUUCUUUCUUCCUCAUUCCUCCUCCUCAAAAAGACCCAUUUCAUUUUCCCGCACUUUCUCACCUAAACGGAAGGAAUCAUUCUCGCCCGGAAAAUGAGGUGGGAAAGGGUCCGACAACAACAGCAACAAGUGGGUCUCGGUGACUCUUCCUCCGGGCCCGGUAAGAGGUGGGGACACACUUGUAACGCCAUUAAAGGAGGUAGCUUUCUCUAUGUUUUCGGUGGCUAUGGCAGAGAUAAUUGCCAAACCAAUCAAGUCCAUGUUUUCGACGCUGCAAAGCAGAUAUGGACUCAGCCAAUGAUCAAUGGCACACCUCCUCCUCCAAGGGACAGUCACAGCUGUACAACAGUCGGUGACAAUCUUUUUGUGUUUGGUGGUACUGAUGGAGUUAACCCUCUCAAGGAUUUGUAUAUUUUAGAUACUUCUUCACAUACUUGGAAAUGUCCGAGUGUUAGGGGAGAGGGACCUGAGGCAAGAGAAGGUCAUACCGCCACGCUGGUUGGUAAAAGGCUGUUUGUCUUUGGUGGCUGUGGGAAAUCUUCUGAUAUUAAUGACGAAAUCUAUUAUAAUGACGUUUACAUAUUUAAUACAGAGACUUUUGUGUGGAAACGGGCUGUUACAAUUGGAAAUCCUCCAUCUGCGCGGGAUAGCCACUCUUGCUCAUCGUGGAAGAACAAACUUGUUGUUAUAGGUGGCGAAGAUGGACAUGACUACUAUCUGUCCGAUGUUCAUAUCCUUGAUACAGAUACACUCAUAUGGAAAGAGCUGAAUACUUCAGGGCAGUUGUUGACACCUCGAGCUGGUCAUGUUACUGUUUCACUUGGGAGGAACAUUUUUGUGUUUGGAGGGUUUACGGAUGCUCAGAAUCUUUACGAUGAUCUCUAUGUGCUUGAUGUCGAUACGUGCGUAUGGUCAAAGGUUCUCACCAUGGGAGAAGGACCAUCUGCUAGGUUCUCUUCUGCAGGGGCUUGUCUAGAUCCUCACAAAGCUGGUUUUCUUGUCGUUGUUGGUGGCUGCAAUAAGAAUCUCGAGGCAUUGGAUGACAUGUUCUACUUGCACACAGGUCUUGGAUACGAUGCAAGAUUUGAUCAAAAUGUAGGGAGGUUGUCUCUAAAGAAGCAAUUGAAGAUAAAAUGCCAAGAACAAAGUCAUGCAAGUUCCUUGUACGAUAAAUCACUUGUCAGAAUCAAUAUGGAUCAUCAAGGAAGAGGAAAUUUUGGUUUGAACACUGGCCAAUUUAAUGAAGGAAAGAUGAUGUUUCAAGCCCGGAUAACCGAGAGUUACCCUGUUGGUUACACUAUGGAAACAAUGAUAGACGGAAAAGUGCUUCGUGGUGUUUUGUUCUCAAACAAGCGCAGCUCCGUUCUGGCGACCGAUCAAAGCUUUAGUAGAAAGAGGCCAGCUAUGUCGAACGGGGAUCAGGAUAACAGAUCAAAGAUAUCA